AUGUGUGUCUGUGGGUUUAGAAUUCUAGUAAAAAUUGAACAACCAAAAAAAAAGAAACCAAAAAAUCUAGUAGAACCAAGAAGAAAGUGGAAUGAGAAGAUUAUUAAAACUAGGAAAAAAUAA